CGUGUGCCGGGGCCACUGGGUCUUUCCCGGGUGCAUUUCGGAGCGACUGGGAGACGAGUCCGGUUCGCACUUCUCAGGCAGACGUGCCGAGUAGCCCAGCAGUGACCUCAGGCCCCGCAGCCGGAGCUCUAGUGAAAGCCCGGAGAGGAGCCGGCCGCUUCCUGGAUUAUCUCUAACGCCCCGUUUCCACACGUGUACCCCCACCCCCACCCCCCGUUCUCGGUGUGUUCAGGCCAGGUGUGAUUUUGCAGAUUGCGCGCAAAAGCUGUUGUUUGGGUCCGACUGACGCACUGAAGCAGCGCUUGCGCCUCUUACACUGGGACUCUCCCUUCCCACCCUGUGCUCCUAGGUCUGGUGCUGGCGCUGCGUGGUGCUCCGAGCCCCUGCCCACAUGGGGAGGCAGACGGCCCGCCUUGGAGAACCCAGAAGGGUGACAUCGGUGUCUUUGUGGCGUCCUCUGACCACAGCCUCUGACUGCAGAAGCCUGGAAAAAUUGACUUGUGUUCCUUCCCGAACGUUCUCGCAGGGGGCAGGGUGCCUGCCGGUGGGCAUGCCUCGCCUUGCCGAGGCGCCUGGGACGCCCGUGGACGCAGUGGCCUUGGAGCUGCAGGCGGUCACCAGGUCCCUCCUGGACAUGGGGUUCAGUCAUGCCCACAUUGGGGAGCUGCUCAGCAUCCAGCCAGGCCCCAGGCCUCAACAGCUGCAGAACAUCACGUCGGAGUUAAUACUCCUGGGCGUGGCUCCGGAGGCGGUCUGCAGCGCCCUGAAGACCCACCCUCAGCUACUGAAGCUGCCGGCCAGGCAGGUGAAGCAGCGUGCCAGUUACCUGCGGAAGCUCGGCCUGGGUGAAGGGAGGCUGAGGCGGGUGCUGCACUGCUCCCCUGAGGUGUUCACCCUGGCUCAGCGGGGCCUCGACGGCAUCAUCAGGGUCCUCCGGGAGAAGUGUCUUUUCACCACGCAGCAGGUGACGGAGAUUCUCUACAGGUGCCCCCACGUCCUCCGGGGUGACCCCGAGGAAUUGGAGUACAAGUUCCAGUAUGCCUACUUCAGGAUGGGGGUCAAGCACUCGGACAUGGUGCGCACCGAGCUCCUACAGUUCUCCAUCACCAAGAUGAAGCAGCGGCAUGUCUACCUGGAGCGCCUGGGCCGGUACCAGAGGCCCGACAAGAAGGGCCAGACGCAGAUCCACAACCCUCGACUCAGGGACAUCUUCCAAGCCUCUGAAGCCGAGUUUCUGGCCAGGACAGCCUGCUCAUCUGCCCAAGAGUUCGAGGUUUUUAAGCAGCUGUUAGCUCGGGAGGAGGAGGAGAGGGAGUCUGAGUGCAAGACGGCUGACGACGAUGAGGAUGUUGGGAUCAGUGAUGGGGACAGUGAUGACGAAGGCAGUGGCCCUGAGUGCCACGUUUGACGAUGAUGACCUUCCGCCCUCAACUGUCUUUUGGGUGGAACGGUGAGGACUUGUUCCCCAGGAAGUAGAUGCGUCCACCGGAGGAGGAGGAAGAGGCUCUUCUGUGGGGUCUGCAGGGACCACCCUGGUUGGUUCUGGGCCAGCGGCUGGCUGCGGGGGAUGCUCAGGUGGCCCCGUGGGCCAGACCCCACCCUUGUUUGCAGACUGAGGCAUGUUGGAGUGGGUGCGGUGCGCCCUUCUGACUCGAAGAUGAGGCCGGUGGGCCUCGAGAGGUGUCCGUCACUGUCAGCACACCCGUCACACGUUUCGUUGGAGAACAAGCAGCAGGUUCCCACCAGAACUCACACGCUUCAUUCAACACCAACAUCAACACCUCACUGGGGUGAUGUCGUGUAGAGGGGCAGGUCAUCAUCUAGGCCUGCCCAGGGUCUGCACCCCAGGACACCCAGAGAAGCCCGUGGUGAGGACUGAGUCUUGGAUGAUUCUCGAUCCUAGGGCUGGGGGUGCGGCACAGAGACUGCCGGUUGGUGCUGGGCUGUCGCAUCCCGUCUCUGGAGCCCGGUCCCCGUCCGUCUCUCCUCCAGGGGUUUGGUGAUGGCGAGGCUGGAGGGUGGGCACCCAGGGGCGCCACCCACCAGUGCUGACCCGCUGAGUGGUUUGCAGUCCUGCACUGGAACUGCGUAGGACUAGGACGGGGCCUGGUCACCAGCCUUCUCCUUGGGCCUCCUUGCCGCUGGCCCGCCUGACUCGCUGUCAGCUCCUGCCUGCUCAUGUCACUGCAGAGAUGGGCAGUGGCGGUGGCCGGGCUGGGUGGGUCAGGACCAGGGUGGGCCUGCUGGGCGACACCUCUUUGGCCAACACCGCCCAGCCCAGCCUAUGGGGGCUCUUGUAGAAGUUUCUAAACUAGAAACUUCAGCCAGGUCGAGGUCCAGAGAGGCUGUGGAGCCUUACACGCCACUCCCUGUGGUACACGGGACACAGGCUGCCGGCUGAGCUCAGCCAGAAUGCUCUGCCCACGUGGCAUCGUCACAUCCAGCCUGGGACCCGACAGCAAAAGGCCCUCUGUCAUCUGGGAAUGUCUACGUCACAGUAGAGACGGUUCAGAGUGACAAGCUGCACGGCAUGCACACAUAGGCGCGUGCACACACAUGCACACAUGCACAGGCACACACAAAUUUAAUACAAACCAAAAGCCUAAAAUAAACUCUAGUUCUUCACAAAA